CUUUGAAUUCUCCCACUACCAGGUCUGUUUUCCCGGGCCAUCAUGCAGUCCGGGUCAGCUCUGGAACCGUGGGCCACAGGGAUAAAGAUUGGGGAAGUGAGUAAGAACAUAGGAGAGACUAUGGGGUGCCCCAGAAACCUGGACAGCCAGGCUCUCCUCCAUUGUCUCCAGAAGGUCGACGGACGCAAGCUGGUGGCCACCAUGCAAGAUUAUUUACAAUGGUCCAUAUUUCCUGUGGUUUUCGCUCCUCGGGUUGACGGUGACUUCAUCCCAGAAGACCCCGCUAAGAUGAUCCUUGAAGGGCGGUACAAAGAGGUCGACCUUAUAGCUGGAGUGACAAGGGAAGAAGGGGCCUGUAUGAGUCAAGUCAUUUACGCUGUGAAGACCCUGAAGGAUUCCUUGGAGGUCAACUUCACCACCAUCGGCCCCAUCAGUCUUCAGUUGGAGGGGUCUGUAGCCCAGGAGGACAUACUCAAGGUCACCAAGCUACUGUAUCAUCACUACCUGGGAGAGACAAUCAACUUCGACGAGGCUCACAGCGAAGCUCUCACUAAGCUGUAUAGUGAUGUGCACUUCAUGGUGGGGCAUGACCUGACCUCUCACUACCACGCCAGGAACCUCAACACCGCCCAUAACACCUUCCGCUACGAGUUCCGCUACAGAGGCGAGUUCUCCUCCGGCGACUUCUUCAAGACCCGCGUCGGCAAGCACUGGGUUUCCCACGAAGAUGAGCUGCUGUACCUCUUCCAAGGCGGACCGCUGUUCAGUCCUCCUCACCGCCGCCAGUCGUUCAACCUUCCUGCUGACUUUCGCAUGAGGGACAUCAUGUCUACCCUCUGGACCAACUUCGCUGCCACAGGGAACCCGACUCCUGACGACUCUCUUGGGUUCACCUGGGAGCCCUCCACCGAGGACAACCUCCAGUACCUCGCCCUCAUCCUCCGUCCCACCAUGGAGGCCGACCAACGACAAGAGGUGAGGAAGUUCUUUGCAUCUCUCCCCACGAAGGACAACGUCAUCCUGUCUGGUGACAGGGUCCACGACGCCCUCCAACAGGAAGACCAACUACGCAAAACUCAAGACGAACUAUAGGAAGGGGUUUAAGAUGCACGAACUUGUGUAGGACUCUCAACGCGCCCACUAGGAUUUAAUUUUUUUAAUAUUGCAAUAAAGCCUAGAUUUCUAGUAACAUUUUUAUCCUUAUUUGAAAGAAAUCGGAGAACUCUUAAGUAUAAUUUUUUUUUGUUUUCAAAAAGUCGCGACAGCUACGCAAAAUAUGGCAAUACUGAGCCGAGUUGGCAUCUAGUCAUUUGUUUUGUGGCCUUUUUUUGGUUUGGUAUAAAAACAGAGUGAUCAGAUUACUUAAAAACAAAUCUCUGGAAACUAUAUAUAAAAUAACUUAUGUAAUUAAAAGGGAUAUUGUUGAGGAUUUAUGACGCUGCAUUCUUUGCGGAAAGAUUAAAAUAAAAUUUUAUAACACAA